AUGCUCACGUCUCAAGUUCCCGGCAAUGGCUCAGAAGUUUCAUCUCCCUCGCACCCCGGUUACAACUCCUGUCCUGUUUCUCGCUCCAGUUACAACCAUCUCUCCAUCCACCCCCUCCCCCCAUCCCCAUUGCCUUCCACCCUUCCACCCCGCUUUUUCCCUCCCUUAUCAUUCCAACCUGACCUACCCCGCGCACUUGCUCCCUCCGCCUACCUUCCACAGAAAGAGGCAUUGGAGGAGAUGCGGGGGGAUGUAGAGCGGUUGAAAGGUGAACUUCAACAAGCAGGGGAGCAGCUCGCAGUGGCAGAAAAGGCGAAAACCGAUUUGCUGGUUAAGUAUGAGUGCGUGGAGAGGGAAAAGGUUGCUCUGGAGGGGCGUUUGGAGGAGAGGGAGAAGGAAAGAGAGAGGGAGAGAGGGGAAUUAUUUGGGAGGUUGGAGGAGUGUGAGAGGAGGUUGAAGGAGGAAGAGGAGGGGAGGAAGGAGGAGAAGCAGAAAAGGAAAGAGGAGAAGGAGAAGCGGAAGGAGGAGGAGGGGAAACGGAAGGAGGAGAAGAAGAGGCGGAAAGAGGCGGAGGAGGAAUUGGCACGUGUCAAGCAGCGAUUGGAGGAAGCUGAGGCCAAAUGUGAGAGGAUCGAGGGGGUGAGUGCUGUGCUGAGAGGGCUUGCUGAUGCAGCAGCAGAGGAGGGAAGCGGGUCAGUUGAUAGAAGAAGAGUUGAAAGGGAGGAUGGAAGCAGUGUAGCAGAUGACAGGAGUGAUGAGGCGGAUGGAAGGGUAGCUGGGCGUGACGAUGAAAGGGAGGCGAGUGCACGACUAAAAGACCUUGAACUGCACGCUGUGAGAGCAGAGGGAGAGGCGGAGGGCUUGAGGCGUGAGCUGGAAGCUGUGAAUGCCACGCUGGCAGAUACAAGUGCCAGGCUGGCAGACACGAGUGCUGAGCUGGCAUGCUUGAAAGAGGCAUUGAGGGAGACGGACGCACACGCACGCGUGGAUAAGUGCGGAGAAGAGGGAUUGAGGGAGAGUGGAAGUAGGGAGGAGGGGGGGAGCAGGGAGGAGGUGGAACAGAGGUUGAAAGAGGCAGAAGCACAGAGGGAUGCUGCAGAGAAACAGAGGGAGGAGGCGGAAAGACAAAGGGAGGAGGCAGAGAGGCGAAAGGAGGAAGCAGAGCGGGAAUGGAAGGAGGCGGAGAAGGGACGAGAGGACGCAGAGGAAAGAGUGAAGGGCCUUGAGGGUCGCCUGAAAGUUGCAGAGAGGUCAGCAGCAGGAGACACUCUGGGUUUGAAUGCGAAUGCCGCGCGUGACUCAUUCGGUGAUAACAAUGCGGGAGGUAGAGGGAGUGAACAAAGGAAGGAGGAGCAUGGGAACAGCAGGAAGGGGGUUGUGGGAGAGAGGGAGAGUGUGGAGGGAAACAUGGAUGCCGAAGUGGAGUGCUUCAAAGAGCCUCAGAAGGUGGAAGUGUCGCUUCCCAAGGCACAAUUGUCACCUGGAAAGACAUUUCCCGAGAUGGACCGCGAGGCAGAGCUUGAGUUUCUGCGCAACCUGCGGGAAGAUCUGGAGAGGGAGUUGGACUCUCUACGCAUUCAACUCGAUUGCAAGUCACAGGCCCCUGUUGCUGAUUUGGAUAAGGCUUGUCUCGAAGCUGGGGGAGACCAGAGUAGCAGCCAGCCUACCAACAGCACCUGUGGCUGCACGUGUUGCAGCAGCUGUAGCUGCGGCUGUAGCACCAGGAACGCCAGUACCAGCACCGCCACGAACACCACCAGGAGCAUCGCAGAAGCAGAAGCAGAGAUCGAGCGACUGCACGCCGUGAGAGGAGACCUAGAGAGGGAGCUUGAGGACUUGUACCUGGAGUUGCAACGGGAGCAGGAGCUCUCAGCUGAAGCAAGCCUUUUAGCUGAGAAGGAGUGGGAGCGGCGACAGGAGGCAGUGAAAAUGCUGUCUCAGCUAGAGAGGCAGCUAGGGGAGGCGUUUGGAGGGGCUGUGGCGGAAGGGGGGGUGGUGGUUGAUGCUAAUGGAAGGCCGAUGUCGCCGCUAGUGGGGAGUUUGAGUGGGUCGGGAGCGGUGGGGAGGAAUGGCAGGGGAGGGGGCGUGGGAGGGGUGUUUGUGUCGCCGCUUGGCGGGCCGCGAUUGGAGGGUUCUGGUGGGGAGGAAAGCUGGCCGUAUUUGUGUGGUGGCGAGGUGGCGGAGGGAGCAGAGGGGGGAGCUGAGGAGGGGGAGAUGGGAGGGAUGAGAAGGGUGCUAUUUGGAAUAGAGGAGCGUGGGGAGGAGGAGGGUGCAGCAGCCGGAGAAGAAGAAGAACCAGGUUCUUCGCUUGCCACAGCAAGCACAGGCACACGCACCAGCAGAGCAGCAAGUGUAGUGGAGCGGCUGAGCUUAGAGAAGGAAGAGAAUUACAGAAGGGAAGGGGAGGGAGUUGAGGGGAAGAAUGAGGACGGUGACUGGGAUGAGAUCUGGAGUGAAGGAGACGAUGAACAAGAGCUUGAGGUGAGGCGUGGGGAAGGGGAGAGGCGUGGGGAAGGCCAGAGGCAGGAAAGGGAAACGGAGGGGGCAGAGAAGAGGGAGGAAAGAAGGAUAGGGCAGUCUUGCCGGAUGGACUGGCCUAGGUCACUCACGGAGGAGAGUAGACUAUUUAGUGAGGAUCCAAGUCUCACUGAUGCACACGACCCUGAGCCAAGUCACACCUGCAGUUCCCGGCCUCUGCUGCACAUUCACCCUCCCCCUCGCACGUUCCCUAGAGCCACAUCCGAUUUAGUCACCUAUGUGAGAGACGCUAAGGCUGCGCUGGGGCAACCCUCCUCCCCAGGGGAAGACGAGUUUUUCAGCACGAAACUGCCGGAAUUGAGGAGGAGAAUGACUGGUGAGGGCCCUCAAAAGGAGACGGCCCUGCGCCUGCCCUCUUCCCCUGGGGAAGGCGAGUUUUUCAGCACCAAAUUGCCGGAAUUGAGGAGGAGAAUGACUGGUGAGGGCCCUCAAAACUCGCCUCGUAAGUCUGCCUCUUCUGCAGAAGACGAGUUUUGUAGCACUAAGUUGCCGGAAUUGAGGAGGAGAAUGACUGGUGAGGGUCCUUACAAGUCCUCUUCUCCUCGUGAGGACGAGUUUUUCAGUGCUAAGCUGCCGGAAUUGCGGAGGAGAAUGAGCAACUUCUCGCCUCUGCACUCACCCCUGGUUCAUUUACGGGGGAUGCAGUUGGAUGGGGAUGCUGAGGUGGUGACCGCAGCAGCACCUGGCGCUGGGGGUGCAGGCGGCGCAGAUGGAGACGGUUCAGGUGUUUCUGUUGUUUCAGGUGCUUCAUCAGGUGAAAACGGCACUCCUGGUGGUCGCGUAAACAAAGAACCCCCCUCUCCCACCGCUAAAGGACCGCCGCCCCUCACCACCUCGUUUUCAGCGCUUGAUGAGGCUUCCUCUCCCAACGCAGCUAGAGCAGUCUCCUAUUCAGGGCAGCCCUUUUCCUAUGCCAGUCAGAUAACAACCGCUCCUAGGGAAGCCCCAGGUAUGCCUUCAGGGGGUUUCAACAGAGCGGUUUCCUACACAGGGGGUUUCAACAGAGCGGACUCGCACUCAGGUGCUUUCAACAGAGCAGGGUCUUACUCAGGUGGUUUCAACAGAACUGGUUCAGAUGUGGGGCUGCUGCUCACCUUCGGGGGACCAUCAGGGGGGGAGUUUUCAGGAACAGAGACGACAACAGGUGGAGCGAAUGACAGAGAAGACUUGGAAGAAUCUGGGAGAGGAAAAGAAGAGGAGGAGGAGGAGUUAGUAGAUGUAGGGUUGGCAGAUGAAGACUACAAUUGGGGUGACUCUAUUUACAAUAAGCAGCAGCUUUUAGCUAAGCACCAGGGUGAUUUUCUCCACGUGUUGCUGCAGAUGCUACAGCUGGCAGUGGCGAAGCGGGAAAGCGAGUUAGUGUCAGCCUCUGCCGCCGCUACAGCUGCCGCUACAGCCGUCUCGGCUGCCGAGAGGGAGAAAGCGGAGUGGGAAGUGGAGCAGGUGGUAUCAGCAGUGUUUAGGGAGGUGCAUAACGUGUUGCAUGUGAAUGGCGUUGGCAGGGUGAGGAGAAAAUUCCGAGGGGUGGCUAAGGAAGGGAACGCAGCAGCAACGGCUGCUGCUGCAGUGAAAGAGGAUCUCGAGCUUUUGGUCCGGGCAGUUGAAGCAAAGGCUCGGGCAGCCAUGAGAAGAAAUGCGGCUGGCCUGGUCCCUCCUGCUCCCAGAAGGCUUGUCAAGGAUGGGAGUGGGGGUGAGGGGCGGAGAGGAGGAGAAAAAAGUGGCGGAGGAGGAUGGGGGCUGAGCAGCGGCAACGGCAUGUGGAGCAUUGGUCAGAGUCUCCAGUCGGCUGCUUUGGCUAUAGCUCGCUCUCCCUCUGUUGCUGGUCCCUCUGUUGCCAGUACUCCUAGCAUGAGUAGAUCAGUGUCUGCUGCCGAAGCUCCUUCUGUUGUCUACUCAGUCGGGGUACACAAUGCCUCACUAAGUAUCUACAGGUCAGCUUCGGUGGCUACUACUGAGGCCUCCACUGCUGGUAACACGCCGGUUGCGCACGCGGUUACCAUCGCCCGAACCUCCUCCGUAGCCUCGGGAAUGUCCACGGAUGGUAACACGCCUGUGGCUCGGGCUGUAGGGGAUAUGUCAGGAGGAAUGUCGAUGUCUCAAGGGGGAGCGGUUCAGAUGGGUGGUGUAUCAGGAGGAAUGGGUGGAGAGCGGUCGAGCGCUCUGACCAUCUACAGGACACCGUCUAUGGCUGAGAUGUCGACUACUGGUAACACUCCUGUUGCGCAUGCAGUUACCGCGUCAUUUGUCAGUGGGUUCAAUGUGUCUGGUCUCCUCGGGAUGGCUUCAGCAAGGCUAGCUGCUGCAGCCACCUCUGCUGCUUCUGCUGCUGCUACUCCUGCUGCUACUCCUGGUGCUGCUGGUACUGCUGCUGCUUACUCUACAACUGGUAACACACCUGCUGCUUCCACUGCUGGUAACACUCCCAUCGCCCAGGCCUUGGGGAGUCCAAAUCAGUUUGCUAACAGUCAAGUGUCGCCGGUAACCACCCCUGUAACUGCGGAUGCUUCGACUGGCGGUAACACGCCUGUCGCACAUGCGGUUACCACUAGUGGCGGCGGUAACACUCCUGUUGCACGACCUUUGAGGCUGAGGGAAGGGGAGAAGGCGGAGCAGGACGGGAGGGCAGAGGAGGAGGAGGGGGCAGGUAGAGGGGAGGAGCAGGGGGAGGAGAGAGGGGAAGAGGAGGAGAGUGAGGAGGUUUUGUUUGUAAGGGAGGUGGUAGCGGGCGAUGUGGUGGUACACCACCAUGUAGACUCUCUCACUCGCUCCCUCACAACUGCUUCCCCUAAACCCAAACCCCUGGGGCAGACUUUUGAGGCGCCUCAAAGAACAGGAGGUGUUGUGGUACACCACCAUGCGGACUCUCUCACUCGCUCCUUCACUCCUUCUAGCUACUCCAAUGCCACUUUUGGGAACUCUCAACAGAACGCUAACGCCUUUGACCUGAUGGCAGAGUCCCCUGCUGUGCUGGCGCCUGGAAUCAGGCAAGAAGGAGGGGAGCAGCAGCCUUUCUUUCGUCCUAUGUCCAGGCAGCAAGAGAGGGAACAGAGCAGGAUACAAGACGAUCCUUUGCUGGGCGAGCAAAGGAGACGUGAUGUCUGGGGGAGCCGUGAGGCAUCUACCAGGCUGGAUAGAGGCAGAAACCAAAGCCUUGAGGAGGAUUAUUCCCAGCCAGCUUCAAGACUGGACACUCACCUGUUGCCUGCUCGCCCCAUAGGGAGUCAUGACUCUGCUGCCCGGCUGGAUAGAGGGAGAAAUCGAAGCGUUGAGGAAGACUAUUCCCAGCCAGCUUCAAGACUGGACGCUCACCCGUUGCCUGCCCGCCCUAUGACUGCUCAGCCGAGAGAUCGGUUCCAGCACACAGCAGCAAGGGAUGGGAGUGGCAGGUUGGCUUUUGAGCUGGGUAGAAGAGCGAUUGGGGGCGGGGCUAGUGGUGGAAGUGGGAGUCGACACCAGCCAGCAGCCACCAGGCUGGAUGCAGGGAGGAGCCAAAGCCCAGACGAAUACCACCAGCCGGCAGCCACCAGGCUAGAUGCUGCUCACCCCUGGAGAAGUCACGAUCCAGCAGCUGCGAGGCUGGAUGCAGGGAGGGGACAGAGGAGCCAAAGGAGCCAAAGCCCAGACGAAUACCAGCAGCCAGCAGAUACCAGGUCAGAUCUUCAAGCUCACCCAUGGGGGGGUCACCAUGAUCCACCAGCUGCGAGGCUGGAUACAGGGAGGGGCCAAAGUCCAGACGAAUACCACCAGCGAGCAGCCACCAGGCUGGAUGCUCACCCGUGGGGGAGUCACGAUCCAGCAGCUGCGAGGCUGGAUACAGGGAGGGGCCAGAGGGGCCAAAGCUUGGGCGAAUACCAGCCACAGCCGCUUGCGUGGGGGGGUCGUGAGGGAGAUGGGUUUACCAGUCUGGAUAGGAAAACCCCUGUCCAGCUGGAUAGAGGGAGGAGGAAUCAAAGCCUGGAGGACGAGUAUUCCCAGCCAGGUACGAGGCUGGAUGGUCUAGAUGGCCACCCCUUGCCUGCUCGCCCCGUGACCGCUCUGCCUAAAUCCAGGUCGACUUUUGAGCCAGCUCGAAGAGCAAUUGCGACUGACGCGAUUCUUGAGACGUCUCAAGAGCUGAUUAGAAGAGCGAUCGCUUUUGAGGCGCCUCAAGAGGCGGCUAGAAGAGCGACUGCGUCUGAGGUGCCUCCUGAGCGGACUCAUAGAGCGAUCGCUUCGCCUCAAAGCAUGCCUGCUCGCCCCAUGACCGCUCUGCCUAAGUCCAGGUCAACUUUUGAGCCGGCUAGAAGAGCGGUUGGGGGCGGGGAUAGCAGUGGGAGUGGGAGGGUGAGUGCUCUGCUGUACAGACCUGGGGGUCAGAGAGGGGGAGUGUGGGGUGCGGGGGGACGCGGAGGAGGAAGGGGAGGAGAGAGUGGAGGAGGGAGGGCUGGUAGGCAGGAGGAGCGGAGCACAGGCACAGGAAGAGAACGGAUACAAGGAAGGGGUGACCAGGGUGAUUCAGCUCUUUUACCUCUAGACUCUGGUGUACCGGACCGAACCGCUCGGGGUGGGACCGAGGCUAGUGGUUUGGCAAGUAACCGGCAGGUUUGGAAAGGGAGUGCUCGGGACGGCGCGUCUAGUUCUCAGGAGCCGCACAAGGGGAGUGGUAGAGACGGUGUGAUGGAGUCGUUGCUAUCCGAAGCUGCUGCAGCAGCACAGGGCACUGUUCGAGACAUUGUGUCUUUCUGGGCUACAAGUGCUGCAGCAGGGGCUGUAGCAGCGGCAACAGGUGGCGCAGCAGGUCGUGAGUCUGUAGCAGCAGGAGCGGGUACUGUAGCACUGCCACGUAGGCCCGCUACAGCUGCAGCGGGCGGCAGGGUUCGUUCUGUAGGGGGCUGGCAGGGCUGGGGGAUGGGAGAGAAAGGAGAGGGGUUGGGUGGAGUGGGGAUGGGUGAUAGAGAGGAAAGCAUAGAGCAACCGUGGGGCAGCAGCAGGGUGCAGGAUCAAGAGGCAGGAAGGCAGAUGGGAAGCGAGAAUCCGUGGGAGGGGUCCUAUCGGGAUAGACGAGUUUUGGGUGAUAAACGAGGAGGAGCGGAUGAGAAGGGAGGUGGGGCAGAUGUUUGGAUUCUUGAGGAAGGGGAGGUGGAAGGAGAGGAGGGUAAGGAGGAGGUCGAGGACAGUGGUGAAGGGAAUGUGCGUGUGAAGCAUGAGAGGAGACCGCAGCAGCAGCAGCAACACCAGCAGCAGCAGGAAAACUCUUCAUCCGCUGCUGCUCCGGGUCUCUUUGCAAGUUUCCUGCCCAAGUCAGCGUCGGUCAGUGCUUUUCCAGGUAGAUCUCCGCUGGUUUCCCCAAAAGCCAGACCUCAUCGUGGGAUGGUGACUGUGGGGAGUUUUGUUGAGACGGAAACAGGUGCUUCGGAAUGGUUGGUUGAAAAGGUGGAGACGUUGACAGGGGCGGGGCAGAGGAGAGGAGAGGAAGAGAGGAGGGUGGUAUUGGAGUGGACUCAGGAGUUGGAAGAGGAAGGGGAAGAGGCAGAGAGAGCGUUGAGAGAGAGAAAGAGGGAGAGGAGGGAAAGGGAGGCGAAGGAGAGGGAGAAAGAGGAGGAGAGGAGGAGGAGGGUGGAGGAGGUGAGAAGGAAGAUGGAAGCUGCUAGUGAGGAGAGGAGGAGGAGGGAGGAGCGGGAGCAAGGAGGGGUUGUUGCAGGGGAGGAGGGGAGUGAGGAGCAAGAAAAGAGAAACGGAUUGGGUGUUGCGGCUGGAGAAGGGAAGGAUAGGAAAAGAGGAGUUGAGGAGAAGAAGGGAGGAAUGGAGGAGAAAAGAGGAGUUGAGGAGAAGAAGGGAGGAAUGGAGGAGAAAGGAGGAGUGGAGAAGCUAGGUUCAGUGGGACCUAGGAAUGGAGAAGGAAAGGAUAGGAAAGGAGGAUUUGAGGAGAAAGGAGGAGUUGAGGAGAAAGGAGGAGUUGAGGAGAAAGGAGGAGUUGAGGAGAAAGGAGGAGUUGAGGAGAAAGGAGGAGUUGAGGAGAAAGGAGGAGUUGAGGAGAAAGGAGGAGUUGAGGAGAAAGGAGGAGUUGAGGAGAAAGGAGGAGUUGAGAAAGGAGGAGUUGAGAAGCUAGGGAGGUCAUCAGCAGUUGUGAUGAAGGAAGAGUGUGAGUCAGGUUUAGAGGGACGAGGUGUGCAAAAUGUGUUGGUAAAGCGAGGUUCGAUGAAAGGGGAAGCAAGGGAAAGUGAGAGCUCUAGUGAGGGAGAGGAAGGGUGGAGUGAUAUGGAGGAGGAGAGAGAGGAAGAGGAAGAGAAGGAGGAGGAGGAGGAGGAGGAGGAGGAGGAGGAGGAGGAGGAGGAGGAGGAGGAGGAGGAGGAGGAGGAGGAGGAGGAGGAGGAGGAGGAGGAGGAUGAUGAAUCGUCGUGGAGUGCUGAUGACGAUAGUGGUGAUGUUAGUAACGAGGAUGCUGAUGCUGCUGGGUCUACAAUGGAGGAGGCUGGGAGGAACGAGAAUGAGGAGGAAGGGUGGAGAGAGGAGGAAGGUAGGAAAGAGGAGGAAGGGAGGAAAGAGGAGGAUGGGAUGAGAGAGGAGAAAGGGAGGAAUAAGGAGAGAGGGAGGAAUGAGGAGGAAGGGAGUAAAGAGGAGGAAUGGAGGAAAGAGGAGGAAGGGAGUAAAGAGGAAGAAUGGAGGAAAGAGGAGGAAGGGAGUAAAGAGGAGGAAUGGAGGAAAGAGGAGGAAGUUGAGAAAGUAGUGGCGGAGAGAGAGGAUGUUGCUGCUGGUGAUGGUGAUGGUGAUGGUGAUGGUGAUGAUGAUGCUGAGGAAUUGUGGAGUGAUGUUGAUGUUGAUAGCGGUGAUGCUGGUGACGAGGAUGGGAGGGAACCAGGCAAUGGCGAUGCUGAUGCUGAUGGUUGCGAUGACGAUGGUGAUGAGGACUUGUGGAGUGAUGUUGAUGAUGCUAACGAUGAUGCAAGUGAUGAGCGUGGGAGAAAACCAGGCAAUGAGGGGAAGGAGGACGGGUGGAGCAAGAAGAGGGAUCAGACGGAGGAGCAGAAGGAAGGGUCUUCAUUAGAGGCGCCUCAGGAAAGAGAGGAGUGGAUAGAGAACACGGAGGGUGGGUCGGGUAUGUUUUUUGAGAAUUCUCAAAAUUCAUUUGAGGCGCCUCAGGAGAGCGAGGAGUGCACGGAGGGUGGGUCGAGAGGGCAAAAUGGGGAGGCAGUUUCCGAGGUGUAUCGGAAGAACGAGGAGGAACGAAGUGAGAAGGAGAAUGGGGCUGAAAUCUCUCCACCAGGAAUUCUUCAGACACCUGGCAGCAUGAUAGCUUCUCCUUUCCUGGUAGAUAUGAUUUGUGAGGCGCCUCAAGAGCCGGGCAGCAUGAUUGGUCCUCCUCUCUUGGUCAAGGAGGAGCGAUCUGAGGCUGAGAGCAUCAUGGUUGAGGGGAAAGGGCAGGAGGAGGAGAUCUUUGAUGCUCUCAGAUUGUCUCAAAUGGCGCCUCAAGGGCCCUUGGUGGAUGACCAAUCUGAGAGUAGUGUUGAUGAAGGGGAAGGGAAGGAGGAAGCGACUUCUGAGAGGACUUCUGAGGCGCCUCAAAUGGCGCCUCAAGGGGUGCCUCGAAAGCCCUCGGUAGAGGAUCAACUUGGGAGCAGGGCGGAUGAAGGGGAAGGGCAGGAGGAGGUGAUGGGAACGGAGGGGAGGGAGGAGGACGAGUGGAGUGGGGUUGAUGAGGAGGAUGGAGAGGAGGAGAAUCUGUCGGAAGAACACGAUGAGCCUGUCUCUGAGGUGCCGCAACGGAACGAGGAGGGAAUGACUGAGAAGGAGGGGAGGGAAGAGGACGAGUGGAGUGGGGUUGAUAAGGAGGAUGCAGAGGAAGAGUAUCAGCUGAAGGAGCAAAAGGGAGAGUCUGUUUAUGAGGUGCCUCGACUGAUCGAGGAAGGACGGAGUGAGAAGGAGGUUGGGAGGGACGAGCAAAACGAAGAGGGGCCUCAAAAGGUGGAGGAGGGAGGGAGUGAGAAGAAGGAUGGGAGGGAAGAGGACGAGUGGAGUGGGAUUGAUGAGGAGGAUGCAGAGGAGGAGAAUCAACCGGAAGAGAAAAACGAAGAGCCUGUCUCGGAGGUGCCGCAGAGGAACGAUGAGGAACAGAGUCAGCAGGAGGAUAAGAUGGAGGAGGAUGAGUGGAGUGGGAUAGACGAGGGUGAAGCAGAGGAGGGUGGUGGGCUGGAAGAGCAAAAGGACGAGCCUGUCUCUGAGGUGCCUCAAGCGAUCGGGGAAGGACGGAGUGAGAAGGAGGUUGGGAGGGACGAGCAAAAUGAUGAGGUGGAGGAGGGACAGAGUGAGAAGAAGGAUGGGAGGGAAGAGGACGAGUGGAGUGGGAUUGAUGAGGAGGAUGAAGGGGCGGAUGGUUUUGAUUCUUGUGAUAGCUUGGGGAGUGAAGCGGAGGAAAGUGGGAGUGGGGAAGGCGGUGGUGGAGAGAGUGGGCAACCCGAUCUGCCUGCAGCUGACAUGGCAGAUCGGGUUGCUGUGGCUGAAGCGAUCGCUGAUGCAGGUGCUGUGGAGGGCGCUGAUGUGGAAGUUGCUGAUGCAGAAGGUGCUGACGUGGAAGGUGCUGAUGUGGAAGGCGCUGAUGCGGAAGGUGAUGACGUGGAAGGCACUGAUGCAGAAGGUGCUGACGUGGAAGGCGCUGAUGCAGAAGGUGCUGACGUGGAAGGCAAUAAUGGUCUGCUUCACGAGCGGCUGGAGGCGGUGUGUGCGGGCUACGCUCUGCACCAGCUCUUAUCGUCCAAACUCUCCCCCUCCGAACCAAGUAACUCCGCACAAGAAUCACAAGAAUCGCAUCAACCACAGCAACCACAGCAGGCGCCGUUACGGCUGGCCGUGCUGUGGCUGCCAGACGCAGGCAUGCCGCACGCCACGCUGAACCACGUGCUCGGGCCUCUGCCUCGCCCCAGCGCGCUCUCCUCUCCGCAAGGCUCCCAGCCACAAAACGACGGGCAGCAGCAGCAGCAGCAGGGAUCCGCAGCAGCAGACGGGUCAUCCUCCGGUGCAGCUGACCCGUCUGAUGAGACUCUGGUGCUGCUGCAUCACCCCAGUUGGCUCAACUCGCCGCUCUACACCUAUGGGGUAUGUGUUUCUGUAGAGGGGCGUUGGCAUGCGCAAGCUUGUGUGUUCAAUGUUUUUGUCUCCUUUCUUGCAGUGAUAUACUCCUCCCUCCCUCCCAUGGCCUCCGCCCUUGCUGACGUGAACGGCUCCUCCCAGCUCCGCACUUCCCUCCAGCGCUGCUACAGCCUGCUACAGCCGUCCGCAGCCGUGCAGGAGCUGAUAGCCAAGGAGAACAUGACACGUGUCCAGCAGAGCACAGCUGUGUACGUAGAGCCAAUCUCCCUCUCCCUCCCCUCCUCCUACCCUUGCUCUAGCUGCGACCCUAAAUUCGCGGUCAACUGCACCACGCGCCGCCUCAUGUGGUUUUUUCUCGGGCAGCCCGAAGGCGACGCUACAGUUGUGGGCUUCUGGCCGUCUCAGGCUGUAGCCGUGGCAGAAACUUUCCACGAGAACCGCCAGCCGCAUUUGCUAGAAUCCACGCGACGCCGUGCGCAGCAAUGCGAAGGCGGUAACCGCAAAGCCAGUGGUAACCGCUUGAAGGACGGUAACCGCAUUGGGGGUGGAUAUGUAGCGCCGCCUAUUAUCCCCCCCGGGAUGACUGCGGACCUCAUCCGCGCGCGCGCGCAGGCCUCCGCCAGGGGCAGCUCCCCCCGCAUGCGCGAUGUGCUAGUGGCGCCAGAGAGCUUCCCCCGGGGGGAAACGCCACCAGGGAUAGGGGGGGAUAGGGGGAGUGGCGGGAAGGUGGGAGGCGAGGGGAGGGAGUUUGAGGAGGAGAGGGGGUUGUGCGAUGCGCCGAAGAUACUGCCUGUGACAGAGCACCGCAUUGGAAGGCAACUCAUUGUGGAUGGUGACCUAACCUGCUGCCCCACCACCCCUCCUUGCUCCCAUUCCCGUGUUUUCCUCCCCCCACCAGAGGACGUGGGCAUGGUAUACUGUUACGUGCAGAAGGCGGGGUGCACGAGCUGGAAGUUCUGGCUGCGGGAGGAUGUGGGCAUGGUGUACUGCUACGUGCAGAAGGCGGGGUGCACGAGCUGGAAGUUCUGGCUGCGGGAGCAGCACCACCACCCCUUCCCCAAGUCCUUCCUCUCCGCCCACACCGCCCACUUCACCAACGUCACUGCCGUCUGGUACUCCCUCACCGAGCCACAAGCCAUACGCUCCCUCACACGACGAGACUUCACCCGCUUUGUGUUCCUCCGGAACCCGUACACCCGCGUUCUGUCGGCGUAUCUAGACAAGAUGCUUCGCGGGGGCGGCCCGGAUGAUCUCGGGGCAGGAUUCUGGGCGCAGGCGUUUUUCGGGCAGCUGAUCACGCACUCCUUAUGGGAUGCUGCCACGUUUCGGUCGGGCCCCGGAACUGCCCGGCUGCGGAGCAUCUGGGAGGUGAUUCAGCUGCGGACGGGGUUUCGAAUCACGUUCGAUGAGUUUGUGGGUUAUCUUGGAGAGGCGUGGGAGAUAGAAAACCGGUUUCACCUAGAUGUGCACAUAGUGCCGCAGACGCUGCUAUGUGCAUUGGACCGGAUCAAGUAUGACUUUGUGGGGAGGUUUGAGAGCAUGGAUGAGGAUGUGAUGACGCUGAUGAGGCGGUUUGGGAGGGAGCCUGGCGAUGCGUUCAGCUUCGGGAAGAAGCUUCAGAAGACCAAGUCGCGGGGGCGCUUGAGCGAUGCGUUCGGCAAUAAGAAAACCUUUGACACGGUCAGUCAUGUCUACAGUCUCGACUUGAACAACACCCUGAAUGGCAUCGUAUACGAACCACCAGAUGAGCUGAAGGAGUUGUACGGGAGUGGGACAUAA